GCUCCUUUCAUUUUCCUCAUCUUUCAUACUCUCUCUCACUCAGAUAUUUUGGGAGGCUAGAAAAGAUGGUGUUUUUGGGGCUUCUCUUGCUGGGAUUCCUUUCUCUGGCUACACCUCUCUCUUCUGCUUUUGAUUAUGGUUGGAUGAAUGCUCAUGCAACCUUUUAUGGAGGAGGUGAUGCCUCUGGCACUAUGGGUGGAGCAUGUGGGUAUGGGAACCUGUAUAGCCAGGGUUAUGGAACAAACAGUGCUGCUUUGAGCACAGCUUUGUUCAACAAUGGUUUAAUUUGCGGGGCAUGUUUCGAGAUUAGGUGUGUUGAUGAUAAGAAUUGGUGUCUUCCACGGUCAGUUGUGGUCACUGCAACCAAUUUCUGUCCCCCAAACAAUGCCCUCCCAAACACUGCAGGAGGAUGGUGCAACCCUCCCCUUCACCAUUUCGACCUUUCUCAACCUGUCUUCCAACAAAUUGCUCAAUACAGAGCUGGAAUAGUACCUGUUGCUUACAGAAGGGUCCCUUGCCAAAAGAGAGGGGGCAUCAGAUUCACCAUCAACGGCCACUCAUACUUCAACCUAGUCCUAAUCACAAACGUGGGAGGUGCUGGUGAUGUUCAUGGAGUUUCCAUCAAAGGUUCAAGAACAAAUUGGCAACCUAUGACCAGAAACUGGGGACAGAACUGGCAAAGCAACACUUACCUCAAUGGACAAAGCCUCUCUUUUAAGGUUACCACCAGCGAGGGAUGCACCGUGGUCUCUUACAAUGUUGCACCGCCAAGUUGGUCCUUUGGCCAAACUUUCAACGGCGGCAACCAAUUCGUUUAAACACAUAACAUAAAAAUUUUCUUAUUUAAUACUACAUUAUGUCUUACAAAAUUGUUUAGGUUUAAUUCGGUUCGUGUUUAGUUUUUUCCAAUACUGUAUCUAAGUAUAUAACAGUAAAAGGAAGUAAUAUGGUAUAGGAGUUGAGUUAUAAAGGACUUGUUUUAGGAUGGUCCUAGGAAUUUAAAUAAAUUUGAAUUGGGUAUGUUCUGCCUAACAUUUGGAAAAGCAGAGUUUAGGUGGUAGGGGUGAAUGUUUUAAAGUUUACCACCCUAGUUUGGUGUUUGGUCUGUGUCGUGCACAAACUGAAAAUGGAAAGCGUGGUGUUUUGCUAGCUUAGCAAAAGAGAAUAGAAUAGAAAAGAGCAUUUUUGCUUAUAGGAAGCAAAACAUUAUGUUGUUUAUUGCAUGUGUGACAUGUAAGGAAUAUACAAUUACGUUUCUCCUGA